GACUAAUAUAAGGGAUUUCCCCAUUCAUGGCCAUGUUUAUAUUUUCCUCAUAAUAAUUAUUUAAUUUCUGAAAUAAUUAUUUCAUAAAUAAUGGGUAUCAAAACUAAAACAGGCCUGGCAGCAAUCGCUGUGACUGUGACCGCUUUUAUAUUCAUCUUAUUGGCUUUUGUCACACCCUAUUGGCUAGUCAAUGAUGGCUUAGUACCAGAUUCCAAUUUCCAAAAAAUUGGACUUUGGGAAGUUUGCCUGAACAAAUUCGAAGACUUUCGGCACCAGUAUGACUACAAAUUCACAGGUUGCUGGUGGGUUUUUGAAGAAGAGUACUACAUUAUCAAUGAUUUUCUACUGCCAGGGUUUUUCAUUGCAACCCAAUUUUUCUUUACUUUAUGUAUGACUUUGGUACUUGUUGCAGCCUUUUUAACAUGGCUGUAUUGCUUUUGCAGCAGAGACCACGACAAAUAUUUACUAUUACUGCUUAGUAAUGGGGCUAAUUUAAUUUUAGCAGGCUUUUGUGGGCUAAUUGGGGUCCUUAUAUUUGGUUUUAAUGGGGAUAAUAGAGAUUGGAUGCCCCACUGGCAACACAACGAUUUGAGUUGGUCUUUUGGAUUGGCUUGUGUGGGGUCUUUGUUGCUUUUCCCUGCUGGGGCCUUGUUUUUGGUUGAGGCACGUAGGGUCAAAUACAGGAGGCUGAGAGGGUCAAUUCCUCAGAGUCAUUACAGUAUUGAAGUGCAGAAACCUACAUCUUCUCAUCAUACUGAUAUUUAAUUACAUACUAGAAUUGUGUCUUUUUUUAUAUUAUUAGGUCUGUUACUGCAGAAAUCACAAACUUUGACUAAUUUGUGAUUUCUGUAGAAACAGACUUAUUAUUUAUUAAUUUUUGUACUAAAAUUGUGUUACGUUUUUUAAAUGUUUUGUUGCUUUGUCCGUCCAUAUGUCCAAAAAAAAAUCUACUUAAUUAA